UAUGACCGUUGAUAGAUACGCUCCCCCGCACCCUUCCCCUUUCCCAGAAUUCAAACUCAUAUAUAUAAACACAAUUUCUCCAUUAAACUAUUCCAACAAACCACAAACAUCUAUCGCAAAUUUCAGAGCUUCAGGAUUUUUUUGUUGCGAGUUGAUUGAGUUCCUCCAUGUCCAAGAUGAUGUUGAGAUCCAGCAAGCCGCCGCUUCCGAGAUCUCCGAUUCGUCUUCGCUCUCGCCGUGCGCUCCGGUCUACCACAAACACCCUUCAAACUCCUCCAGGUUCUUUGACAAAAUCUCAGUUGCCUAAUCCUCGGAGUGACGUUGAAGAAUGGGAGAUGCGUCCGGAAUACCAUACAAUUUCCUGUGAGCUCCGGGCUUUGGCAAAGAUGGUGCAGCAAGAAAUCGGCAAUGGAGAUGGGGGAAAUCCUGGGAAUGAGGAAUACUCAUUGAACCCCAGAAGCCCUUUGUUUGAGAGGGGGAGGUUGUAUGAAGAGUACUCUGCUAGGAGGAAUGAGAGGCUGAAGAGAAAGAAGUGCGGCGAAGAGAAGGCGGCGGUUUAUGGUCUUGGUGUGAGAGUUGAGUCUGCUAAGAAAAGGGUGGUGCAGAGCGGCCGGAAAAUAGUUCCGGCGACUCCGAUGACGGCGCAGAGAGGAGGAGAGAAGCCGAGGUAUAUGCUGAGAAGCAUGACAACAAGCAAGGAGAAUAAGAAGCCUCCUCAUUUGGCUAUGAGUGUUGAGAAAUCUGUUGGGGGUGGAGAGAAGAAGAAGACUGCAGUUAGAAGGUCCAGGAAAAUUUGAUUUUAAAGAUGUUUGCCCAUCCUUUUUUUUUUUUCUGCCUUUUAAUUUUCGGUUUCUGGAGUCUAUUGCUGCUGGUUGGUAGUUGUUGUAAAUUGGGCUAUAUGAUCAUAUGGAUUUAGGAUGACAAGCUUUGAAGACAUUGAAGAGGCUAUAAGUGUUAUAGCUUCAAUACAAUUUGAAUUUUUAGGCCUUGGAGCUAAAUAUUGAAAAUUUUCGAUGUUGAAAUUUCAAUACAAUGUUGAAUUUGAGCUAAAAA